ACAAAAUUAAUUAUUCCAGCUCCACAACGAUUGGUGUUUUAAAACAGGAUCAAUUUUAAAAAAAGAUUCAAACAAUAAUUUCAAAGUUAAAAUUUCAAAUUUUCUUUCUCUUUCUCGAAUACAAUUCGACGAAUAUCCGAAAAAAUAAUACGAUCUCCUCCAAAAAAAAAAAAAAAAAAUGGCCGACGUUGGGAAAAUAUCCGCCAUGAGAAUAGCAAUGUCGUACGGGCCAGAACUGAGCUUCCUGGUGCUUCUUCGUAUCCUGAUCGGUAUGCACAGGUCGGAUAUAAUUGACCACGAGUCGAGGGUGAGGCCGACCCUGGCCCCCCAAACGAGUUACGAUUUCGUGAUAAUCGGGGGUGGCUCGGCCGGCUCGGUGCUGGCCAACCGAUUGUCGGAGAACAGUAAUUGGACGGUGUUGCUGCUGGAGGCGGGCGCCGACGAGCCGGACUUCUCCGACGUCCCCUCCAUAUUUCCGGUUCUCCAACUAACCCCUGUGGAUUGGCAAUUCAAGACGGAACCGUCGGACAAUUAUUGCAAAGCGAUGAGGGGCCACGAGUGCAACUGGCCGCGCGGCAAGGUGUUGGGCGGAAGUAGCGUAUUGAACGUAAUGCUGUACAUUCGUGGGAACAGAAAGGAUUACGAUAAUUGGGAAAGGAUGGGUAACGUGGGAUGGGGUUACGAGGACGUGCUGGCCUACUUCAAGAAAUCGGAGGACAUGAGGAUCGAGGAGUAUCGGGACUCUCCGUAUCACCAGACAGGCGGCCACUUGACCGUCGAACACUUCCAUUAUCGGUUGUCCAUCAUCGAUUAUCUGAUGAAAGCCGGGACCGAGAUGGGAUACGAGAUCGUGGACGUGAACGGGGCGAGGCAGACCGGGUUCACCUAUUCCCACGGAACAUUGAGGAAUGGAUUGAGGUGCAGCGCGGCAAAAGCUUUCCUUCGAUCCGUCUCCAGAAGGAGAAAUCUCGAUAUCGGCACGAAAUCGAUGGUGGAGAAGAUUUUGGUGAGACGAGGGAAGAAGAAGGCUUAUGGCGUUCAGUUUCGAGUAGGGAACUCGCGUCGUAUCGUGAGGGCCAAUAGGGAGGUGAUAGUGUCGGCGGGCGCGAUACAAUCGCCGCAGUUGUUAAUGGUGUCCGGGAUCGGGCCGAAGGAGCACUUGAGAGAGCUGAACAUCUCCGUGGUCCACGACGCGGCUGGAGUGGGCAGCAAUCUUCAGGAUCACGUCGCUAUAGGUGGAAUGAGCUACUUGGUGAACAAACCGGCGAAUCUCACACGAUCGUUCACCUUCAACUUGAUGAACACGAUCAACGCCCACUCGCUUAGAUUGUUCGCCAACAAUUAUAGCGGGCCGAUGUACUCCGUUAAUGUUGCCGAGGGAAUGGCAUUCAUCAAUACCAAAUAUGCGAACGAAUCGGCAGAUUAUCCCGACAUACAACUGUUCCUCUCCUCAAUGGCCGACAACACGGACGGUGGACUGUUUGGGAAGCGGGACUGCAACGUAAUGGACAACUUUUACGAACGUUUAUACGAGAAUAUAUUGUACCAAGACUCGUACAUGAUCAUACCGUUGCUGCUUAGGCCAAAAAGCAGGGGAUACAUUAAGCUUCGCACCAGACACAUCUACGAUCAACCGAUCAUUGUUCCAAACUACUUCGACGACCCGCACGAUCUCGAUGUUUUGGCGGAGGGGGCAAAGUUCAUCUACGAAAUGAGCAAAACGGCGACGAUGAAACGACUGAAGGCCCGACCGAAUCCCAACAAACUUUCCGAAUGUUCCUCGUUCGAGUAUCCGUCGAUCGAUUAUUGGCGUUGCUACGCCAGAUAUUACACGAUGACCAUUUACCAUCCGAGCGGCACGUGUAAAAUGGGGCCGGCUAGUGACAAAAUGGCGGUGGUCGACCCGAGGCUGAGGGUGCACGGUGUCCAGGGAUUGCGAGUGAUCGACGCGUCCAUCAUGCCCACGAUCGUCUCUGGAAAUACGAACGCGCCCACGAUCAUGAUCGCGGAGAAGGCUGCCGAUAUGAUUAAGGAGGAUUGGGGAGUUAAAGAAUUCCCUAGGACAUUUCGAAGAAGGAAUUGAUCGAAAACUUUUGAAAUUUCAUCGAGGAGCAAAUUUUGUGAUUCUAUUAUUAAUAAUAUCACGAUUGUUGUUGAGGGAUUUGAUAAAUCGAAAUUCCCUAGGAUAUUUCGAAGAAGGAAUUGAUCGAAAACUUUGAAAUUUCACGAAUAGAGGAUCAAAUUUUGUGAUUCUAUCACGAUUGUUCUUGAUUUGAUAAAUCGAAAUUCCCUAGAAUAUUUCGAAGAAGGAAUUGAUCGAAAACUUUUGAAAUUUCAUCAAGAAGCAAAUUUUAUGAUUUUAUUAUCAACAAUAUCACGAUUGUUGUUAAGGAAUUUGAUAAAUCGAAAUUCCCUAGGAUAUUUCGAAGAAGAAAUUGAUCGAAAACUUUUGAAAUUUUAUCACGAAUAGAGGAACAAAUUUUGUGAUACUAUCGUUAAUGAUAUUACGAUUGUUGAGAGAUUUGAUAAAUCGAAAUUCCCUAGGAUAUUUCGAAGAAAAAUUGAUCGAAAACUUUUGAAAUUUCAUCGAGGAGCAAAUUUUGUGAUUCUAUUAUCAACGAUAUCAUGAUUGUUGUUGAGGGAUUUGAUAAAUCGAAAUUCCCUAGGAUAUUUCGAAGAAAGAAUUGAUCGAAAACUUUUGAAAUUUUAUCACGAAAGAUAAAAGGAUCAAAUUUCGUGAUUCUAUCGUUAAUAAUAUCACGAUUGUUGAAAGAUUUGAUAAAUCGAAAUUCCCUAGGAUAUUUCGAAGAAGGAAUUGAUCGAAAACUUUUGAAAUUUUAUCACGAAUAGAGGAGCAAAUUUUGUGAUUUUAUUAUCAACGAUAUCACGAUUGUUGUUGAGGGAUUUGAUAAAUCGAAAUUCCCUAGGAUAUUUUGAAGAAGGAAUUGAUCGAAAACUUUUAAAAUUUUAUCACGAAUAGAGGAUCAAAUUUUAUGAUUCUAUCGUCAACGAUAUUGUUGAGGGAUUUGAUAAAUCGAAAUAUCCCUAGGAUAUUUUGAAAAAUUUUGAGAUUGAUCGUCGUAUAAAAGACGAGAUUUAUUAGCAUAAGUUUAACAAAGGAUAAUAUCAAUAUUGUAAAUAUUAUGAUGACAAUUGACAAUUCUAAUUAUUAACAGUUACAGUUUAUUAACUAAAUAAAAAAAUUCAUUUUUGAAUCGAGAA